UGUAGUCAUUUCCUAAAUCCUGACUAAGCUAAUCCUCCUUGACUUUAUCUCCAAGCAAAGUAUACUGAAAAGCUUAUUAUUCUAACCGAAGCGGUUUGUUUUCUUGUAGUGUAGCCUUUAAAUAAUAUUGCUGUUUGAUAGCACGAUUCAGAUAAUAGAGGUUUUGUCCUGGAGGUAUGGCUGGUCCAUUGCAUUUUGGUUGAGCAUAUAUCUUAUUCUACUUACAUGCGUAUUGCAAGUAAUUAUUGCACUGUUGACACUACCGUACGUGUUGAAUCUGUGAAGAAAUGUUCACCAAAAUGGUACUUCUUUUUGUGAUCUUCCUCAACAUCUAUGUCAGUUUGGCUUCUGAUCCGGAUCCGGUCCAAGACUUCUGCAUAGCCAACACAGCAGAAUCUGCAACUGCAAGCAAUGCCAUCCAAUGCAAGAAUUCAUCCCUUGCAACAGUAGAAGAUUUUGUAUAUUCUGGCAUCAAGUCUCCUGGAAAAUUUGGCCAAACAGGUCUUUCUGCCAUUUCGGUGAACUCAAAUGUCUUUCCAGGACUGAACACACUUGGAAUGUCAUUUGUCCGAGCUGAUUUUGAAGUUGGUGGUGUAAAUGUGCCUCAUUACCAUCCGAGGGCAACGGAGACAGCCUUUGUGCUUGAAGGAAAGAUUUAUUCCGGAUUUGUUGAUACGAAUAACAAGAUUUUCGCUAAAGUGAUCGAAAGGGGUGAGGUCAUGGUGUUUCCAAAAGGGUUAGUGCACUUCCAAAUGAAUGUUGGUGACACUCCAGCAACCAUAUUGGGGAGCUUCAACAGCCAAAAUCCUGGAUUGCAAAGAAUUCCCACUUCAAUUUUCGGAUCCGGGAUCAAAGAUGAGCUCUUGGAGAAGGCUUUUGGAUUGAGUUCUAAGGAGAUUGCCAAGUUGAAAAAGAAGCUUAGUCCCCAUUGACUGAGCUAGAGAACUGCAUUUUCAUUUUCCUAUUCAUAUGUAUUGAAUCUACAGACACUUUUUCAUAAGCAAAUAUAUAAAUCUGAAUAAAUUUGGGUUCAUUUUGUUUAUUGUA